AUGGCUCGUCUAAAUGACACCAGCAACAACGGCAAUGCCGAUAACGGAGUCUCCAACGAUGCCCCUCGUUUUGAGGAGAGUAUCGCAGGAGAGAGCGGAGAGGCAUUGAACGCAGGCGGAUUAACUGCACCUGUUACCACGACGGCAACCGAGACCUCAAGCCCCGAACCUCGCUGGGAAGUUGACAGGAUCGUCGACCACGUCGUUGACCGCGACAAUUACAAAGUAUUUUUCAUCAUCCUGUGGGCGAGCGGAGAAGCGACUGCCGAGCCGGAGGAGCAAAUGCAACUCGACAUUCCAGAUCUAGUAUAUGCGUACUGGACAUCGCGACGUGGACGAAACUUAUCCACGGGACUCGCUGAAUACCUCGUAUUCGAUAUUCUCGGACACGAAUAUAUCUUGGGUCAGCUCUACUACAAAGUGCAGUGGGUUGGCUUCGAUGCGAACGACACGAGUUUGGAGAGAGAGCCAAAGGUCAGGGAGCAUGCGCCGCGAACCAUGGAGGCUUAUAACCGCCGCGUUUUCCAGCAGGGGUGA